CAAAACACAUAUAACACUGUUUUAGAGAGGAGAGAGAAAGAUGGUGGCCCAGCAGCUAAAUCUAUGGCUCACCCACCGACUUUGAAAAUAUGGGUAAGAUAAAGGAGAAAGGAUGUGGAAGAGUAAGCUUGUGAGAGAGAGAAAGAAAGGGGUGGUUAGAAAAAGAGAUGAAAUAUUCUCUUUAGCUCUCAAAGUUUUUGGUCUUUUCUUUUGAAAUCAAACAAAGGUCUCGCACCAGAUCUCUGUAACAAGAGUCCGAAGUCUCUUAGAUCAUAGUUUUUUUGGUCUUUUAGGAUCCAUAUGUGUCCGUGUUUUUCUUGUUCUUUUGGCAAAAUCUGAUAGUUCUGAGAUUUGAAUACUACCGAGAGUUAUCUGUUUGUGUUUGGAGAAACUUUUGGUUGUUUUUGUUUUCUACUGUUUUUGCUUUCAAACAGCUACUUGUUUCCUUACUAUCAAAAUCAAUAACAACAAAGUUUGAGUUCAGAUGCAGAUGAUGUCUGGUGAUUUGUUUUCGGUUUCGCCAUCAAUCAAAGGGUUUGUUCCAGAAUCAGAUGCGAACCCUAACCCUAAACCUGACACAAACCCAUCUGCAAAGAAGAAGAGAAAUCUACCAGGAACACCAGGUUCUUCAUUUUUCAACCUAAUAAUUCAUUAAGGAACUGUACUGUUUGGUUUUCUUCUUUCCUAAUUGUUCGUCUUCAAUGAUUCUUUUCUGUUUUUGUCUGUUUUCACAGAUCCAGAUGCUGAAGUUAUUGCACUUUCACCGAAGACACUUAUGGCGACAAACAGAUUCAUCUGCGAAAUCUGCAACAAGGGAUUCCAAAGAGACCAAAACUUACAGCUGCACCGAAGAGGUCACAACCUUCCAUGGAAGCUCAAGCAAAGGACUAACAAAGAUCAGGUCAGAAAGAAGGUGUACAUAUGCCCAGAAAAGACUUGUGUACACCACGACCCAUCUCGAGCCCUCGGUGACCUCACCGGAGUUAAAAAGCAUUUCAGCCGAAAACAUGGUGAGAAGAAGUGGAAGUGUGAGAAGUGUUCGAAGAAAUACGCUGUUCAAUCUGACUGGAAAGCUCAUUCUAAGACCUGUGGAACUAGAGAGUACAAAUGUGACUGUGGCACACUCUUUUCCAGGAAAGACAGUUUCAUCACACACAGAGCUUUCUGUGAUGCCUUAGCUGAAGAGAGUGCCAGAUUCACAUCUGUUGCUGCUGACAAUUUCAACUUCAGGAAUGGGCCUUUAAGUGAAACUCUGAUUAAUCAGCCAAAUUUGCCUCAUGGGUUCGCCGGAGCUGCCGGAAUUUCCCAACUUGCUGCAGCAUUUCGGCCGGAGUCUGGUGGCAUGGCCACCGGAAAUGUUCUAAUCGGAGAUCAGCAGAAGCCCAGAUUGUCUCUAUGGUUGGAUCAAGCAAAUUCUCAGCUUAAUCUUGUUGAUAUGGCCACAAAUUCAAAUCUUUACAUGCCCACAAGUUCUACUGGCUUAAAUGAUAUGGUGCAAAUGCCAUCUGCGAACCUCUUUGGCUCACCUUCAAUGGCUAAUUAUGGUAACUGCAACCAGUCGCAGUGGUUUGACAAGAAUCCGGCGACUUCUACUGAUGCAAGUCUCUCAUUAUCGCCUUUACCACAAGGAUUAAAGGAUGAGAAAACCCUAAGUAAUUCUUUCUACUCUGAUAAUCAAAAUCACCAGUCAAAAUCAUCAUCGCCAAUGUCGGCCACUGCGCUUCUGCAGAAGGCGGCACAGAUGGGUUCUACCAGAAGCAACCCAUCAUUCUUUGGCAAUAGUUUUGGGGUUAUGAACUCUUCUUCUUCUUCUUCCAACACACCUGCUUUUAAUCCCCUCUCUCAAAACAGAAAUGGAUUGCCAAUGAGUGCAUCGACGAGUGCAACUCAGAACAGUCUUGAUCAAGUUAUAAUGCAAACUGGUGUCUCACAAAACGAAUCAGUUCCAUUGAAGUUGCAUCAAGGUGGUCUAACAAGAGAUUUUCUUGGCAUGGGAGGUGAAGGUGGUCGUCAGUUCUUGCCUCAGGAGCUAGCAAAGUUUGCUUCAAUGGGUUCAGCCAUGGGUUUGAGCCAUUUUAAGAGCAACCAGUGAAUUUGUGGCCUCUCUUCACACACACUUCACAGCCUUUGUAUAAUAUUACACUAUCCAAACUUGCCAAGUCCUUAGUUAAGUACAAAUUGUGUCUGUUCCAUUAGAUUAAGAAGGUGGAUAUUAUUGGCCUCAGAGGGAGGGAGAGAGAGAGGAGGGUACAGUGGAGCUGUUGAGGUCCCAUGGGAUGUCGGAAGUGGACUAAACAAGGAGUCCUCUGAGACGUUUCAUUUUGUUCAUUUGUUAUUGUUCUUCUUCUGCUGUUCUUUAUCUGUGUGUCAGUUUCUCUCAUCUUAAUUUUUUUUCUUUUGAGUUGUAAAUUAUCUUCAAUGCAAGCCUCUUCUAUUUUGAGAUUCAUAAAAACUGCAAGAAUAGUUUCAUUGAUGGCCGGUCAAAGUAACCCGGCGUCAACGUUAGUGGGACUAGUACUAGAAUUCUUAGAUUUAUCCAUGUCAAUUGUUUUAGAUAAAAGCUGGUCGCUGCUGGUUUGGUUUGUC